AUGCAACUGGAAGGCAAAGUUGCCCUGGUAACCGGAGGGGCCCGCGGGUUGGGCUGCUCCAUGGCUUUGGCCUACGCUCGCGAGGGAGCGGAUGUCGCCAUUGUAGCCCGCACUCCUUCGGAGCUGGAGGCCGUGGGUUCGGAAAUUCGCGCUCUGGGCCGCCGCGCCCACACGGUCAACGCUGAACUGACCACCAGCGAUGGCGCCAACCGGGCAGCCCUGGAGACCAUCAGCGAGCUGGGGAAGAUAGAUAUCCUGGUCAACAACGCCGGACCUGACCCACUCGGUUACGGUCCUGGACAUUACCGAAGAGGAAUGGCGAUGGUGAUGGAGUCGAACCUGACCACCACUUUCAUGGCCUGCAAGGCGGUCCUGCCCCACAUGAUAGAACGUAGCAGUGGCGUCAUCGUCAACCUGACUUCAAAGAACGUGGCCCGCCGGGGCCGGGCCGGACAGGCGGCCUACGCAGCUUCCAAGGCGGCGGUGGAGCGGCUGAGCGAGUCGCUGGCGGACGAAGUGAAGGACUUUGGCAUCGCCGUAAACAUCCUAGAAACCGGGCGAAAGCCCUGGUUGGGGAGAGAGGGAUUUCGGCAGUAA